UCUCGCUUCCUCUCUCCCUCAGUGCAGUGUACGCGCCCGUUUCUGUAGAGCCGUUUAUAUUACGUGAGCUGCACAAGACGGAGGAGAAAAAGAAGAAGAGACCAUCAAGCAGCUGAAUCUUGGUGGAGUGACAUUAAGGAAAAGGACGAGAGAGAAGCUGUGAAAGAAGACAGGAUAACUUGAAAGAGGCAAGGAGGACUGACGGGAGGGGAGGAGAUGGCUGAGGCACCAGUACAGCAACAGCAAGAAGAAGAAGAAGAAGGAGAGCAGCAAAGUGAGGAGCAGCUGAGCUCUUGUGGGUCCACGGACGCCGACGAAGAGGUCGAAGACCUGAAAGAGGACGCCCAGACGCCCCCGACCAGACCGCUGCUGUCCAUGCGGUCCCUGAGCAUCGUGGACCCCGACGACGACUCUCCUAACAUGAUCGUCUACAGAAAAAUUGAAGAUAUUGUGACUCUGAUCCAGGAUGAGACGGAGGGCGUUCCCAUCAGGACGGUGAAAAGCUUCAUGACCAAAAUUCCCAGCGUUGUCACGGGUGCAGACAUUGUUCAGUGGAUGAUGAAGAAUCUGGCGAUUGAUGACCCAGCCGAGGCCAUGCACGUCGGAAGCCUGAUUGCCGCGCAGGGCUACUUCUUCCCCAUCUCCGACCACGUGCUCUCCCUCAAGGACGACGGCACCUUCUACCGGUUUCAGGCGCCAUAUUUCUGGCCAUCUAAUUGUUGGGAGCCUGAGAACACAGACUACGCCAUCUAUCUGUGCAAGCGGACCAUGCAGAAUAAAACCAGGCUGGAGCUGGCGGAUUACGAGGCGGAGAACCUCGCUCGGCUCCAGCGAGCCUUUGCCAGGAAGUGGGAGUUCAUCUACAUGCAGGCCGAGGCCCAGGUCAAGAUUGACAGGAAAAAAGAUAAAACCGAGAGGAAGAUCCUCGACAGUCAGGAGAGAGCCUUCUGGGAUGUCCACCGGCCCGUGCCCGGAUGUGUCAACACCACUGAGAUGGACAUCAGGAAGUGCAGACGCAUGAAGAAUCCUCACAGAGUUAAGAAGUCGGUGUACGGUUUGGCAGAGGAGGGCACGCAGUCGCGAAGUCCGAUCCACACUCCCUCGCACCCCUCCAGGAAGGGAACCAAAGAGGACGUGGAGAAAGAGAUCUUCUUCCUGAAUGCCCAACUUGAUCGACACUGCCUGAAAAUGUCCAAGGUCGCCGAAAGUCUGAUCAGCUACACCGAGCAGUACUUGGAGUACGACGCGCUGGUGACGCCGCAGGAGCCGUGCAACCCCUGGACCAGCGACGACCAGUCCUACUGGGAGCUGGAGGGCAGCAAGGAACCGGGUCAGCAGAGAGUGAAGAAGUGGGGUUUCUCCCUGGAGGAGGCGCUGAAGGACCCAGCCGGACGCGAUCUCUUCCUCAAGUUCCUGGAGUCCGAGUUUAGUUCUGAAAACCUGCGGUUCUGGUUGGCCGUGCAGGACCUGAAGAGAAUCCCGCAGCAGGAAGUGGCGCAGAGAGCGCAGGAGAUCUGGGCCGAGUUCCUGGCCGAAGGGGCGCCCAGUUCCAUCAAUCUGGACUCCCACAGCUACGAGCGCACGAGCCACAACCUCAAAGAUCCGGGACGCUACAGCUACGAGGACGCACAGGAUCACAUCUACAAGCUGAUGAAGAGUGACAGCUACACUCGUUUCCUGCGCUCCAACGUCUACCAAGACCUGCUGAACUCAAGAAAGAAGCUGGAAACGGAGCAGGGCCGACGGACUUCGCUGGAGAAGUUCACCCGCAGUGUGGGCAAGUCACUGACGGGCAAGCGCCUGACGGGCCUCAUGCAGUCGUCCUGACCCGGUCCGGACCGGGGCACCGCGGCGUGAGCGUGCGCGUGCGGGAGGCCACGGGGGCACCCGACUACUGGAACCGGACCGCCAUCGCG